AUGGGUAUGAUGAUUCGUUUGCCUUCUUCUAUGGUACAUGGAGUGAAGCACAUUCUGAAGCUGCAGCCUAAAUCUCAUGAGGUUCCAAAAGGGCAUGUUGCAGUUUAUGUAGGAGAAAUGGGAAAGAAGAGGUAUGUGGUUCCAGUUUCUUACUUGAACCACCCUUCUUUCAAAGUGUUGCUUAAGAGAGCAGAAGAAGAGUUUGGCUUCAACCAUCCAAUGGGUGGUCUUACAAUUCCAUGCAAAGAAGAGACCUUCAUUAGCCUCACUUCUCAGUUGGGUGCCAGACAAAAACAAUGA